UCCUUGGUUCGGCGAAGAGGGUCAACGUCAACUUCCAGGAUACAGACGGGUUUGCUCCGCUGCAUCAUGCUUCUCUCAGUGGGAACCUGGAGCUCAUCUCUCUGCUGCUGGAGUCUCAGGCCGUGGUGGACAUCAGGGACCAGAAGGGGAUGCGUCCACUGCACUACGCGGCGUGGCAGGGGAAGGCGGAGCCUAUGAAGAUGCUGCUGAAGUCUGGUUCGUCAGUCAACGGCCAAUCAGAUGAGGGACAGAUCCCCCUGCACCUUUCAGCGCAGCACGGACACUACGACGUGUCUGAGAUGUUGCUCCAGCACCAGUCUAACCCCUGUAUAGGGGAUAAUGCAGGAAAGACUCCCCUGGAUCUGGCCUGUGAGUUCGGAAGGGUCGGGGUGGUUCAACUCCUUCUCAACAGUAACAUGUGUGUGGCGCUGCUGGAGGUUAAACCAGGAGAUUCUACUGACCCCAAUGGGACCUCUCCUCUACACCUGGCAGCCAAGAACGGACACAUAGACAUCAUCAGGCUGCUGAUCCAGUCAGGAAUAGACAUCAACAGACAGACCAAGGCUGGCACGGCCCUGCAUGAAGCGGCUCUCUGUGGGAAAACUGAGGCAGUUCGCCUCCUGCUGGAUAGUGGUAUCAAUGCAGCGGUGAGGAACACCUACAGCCAGACUGCCUUGGAUAUAGUCUACCAGUUCUCUGCUUCACAGGCCAGCAGAGAGAUCAAACAGCUACUCAGAGAUGCGUCAGCAGCCCUCCAGGUCAGGGCCUUGAAGGAUUACUCCAACAACUACGACCUGACCAGCCUCAACAUCAAGGCUGGGGACGUCAUCACGGUUCUCGAGCAGCAUGUUGACGGGCGCUGGAAGGGCUGUAUCCAUGACAACCGGACAGGAAACGACCGCGUGGGCUACUUCCCUUCUACAAUGGUGGAGGUCAUCAGCAAGAGAACAGGUUUGCCGAGCACAGUCAUUAACACCCAACAGUUUCAAAAGAUACAGCUCGUUCCUACGCCGACGGUCGCCCCCGCCAACUCAGCGGUCAUCAACGGCAACGAAAGCACUUUCCAUCAGUUCCAUAUCCUGCCUCCUCCGCCUCCUCCUCCUCCACAUACCCAUCAGCCACUGCUUCCACUAUUCACUUCCUUUGGCUAUAACAGGUCGCCCGUGACGACCCCGGGGGACACCCCCUCCACCCCCCCAGGUUGUCGCGGCUCAGAGGCCACCCCUCACGGUUCCCCCACCCGGUCCUGCGGCCCCCAGGGCAGCUCCAGCGAGGAGAUAUGGGUGCUGCGCAAGCCUGGGCCAGGUGGAGACCGUAGUAGUGUGGGGAGCUCUGGCAGCGUGACCAGUGUGAGGUCAUCAGGGAGUGGUCAGAGCGCCGGGAGCUCCUCCCACAUUCUCCACGCACAGGCCGAGGGGGUUAAGCUCCUGGCUACAGUGCUGUCUCAGUCUGCCAAAGCCAAAGAGCACCUGCUGGAGCAGUCCAAGUCUGUAGAGCUGUCUACAGGCACCGCCUCUGCCUCUAGACAGUCGAGCCAAUCAGGAUGCCCGCUCCAUGAAGCUCCACCCUAUGACGCCACGGCAACCUGGAAGGGGGAGGGGCAAGACGAGGGGAAGAGCUCUGAGGCUGUUGUCCAAUGGCUGAGUGACUUUCAGCUGCAGGCCUACGCUCCAAACUUCAUCAGCGCCGGGUAUGACAUAUCCACCAUUAGCAGAAUGACCCCAGAGGAUCUCACGGCCAUCGGAGUGACCAAACCAGGCCACCGUAAGAAGAUGACAUCAGAGAUCAACAAACUCAGCGUCACUGAGUGGCUCCCUGAUCAGAAACCUGCCAGUCUGGCAGAGUGGUUGUCAGCGAUAGGCCUGAGACAGUACCAGCAGGUUCUGGUGCAGAAUGGAUACGAGAACAUUGACUUCAUCACAGAUAUCACCUGGGAGGACCUGCAGGAGAUUGGCAUCACCAAGCUGGGCCACCAGAAGAAGCUGAUGCUAGCUGUGAAGCGAUUGGCAGAGAUGCAGCAUGGCUCUGAGGGGCGGACCUCCACCAGGAAGAAGCCUCCGCCAAUCACACAGCAGCAGGAAGUGAUGUCCAUAGAGAACAUGCCGCCUAACAACGAAGUCGUCACGUCUCCUAAGUUGUGCACCUUCCAGGACAGCGAGCUGAGCCCGGAGCUGCAGACGGCCCUGAUCCAGCCUAGGCCAGAGGUCAAGGGUCAGAGGAUCCGCAGCCUCAGCAAGGACCCCGACGAGGGAGGAGGGUCGGGGGGUAGAGGAGGAGGAGCGCCCCCGAGGAAGGAGGCUCGGACCAUGCGGCAGGCCAGCCAGGGGAACCAGAGGGGCAGCGCCUCGUCCAAACCUCGCCCACCCUCCCACGCCCACUCCAUGCCGGCGCCCCCUUACACUCCCCCUCACACCCCCACCAGGAAACCCCUGCACUCCUCCACCUCCGCCCCGGGCCCCUCGCCGCAGGCCAAACCCAAACCCUCCCCACAGCUGAUACAGGGAGAGAGGCCUGGCUCCCCGCGCUCUCACCCCCAGUCCCCCACACAUCGUGGGGCUCCCAACACCCAGAUUCAGCCCCAGCCUGGUCCUCAGCCCCAGCAACAACCCCAACCUAUUCCCCAAUCUCAGCCUACACCCCAGCCUGGUCCUCAGCCCCAGCACCAACCCCAACCUAUUCCCCAAUCUCAGCCUGAACCCCAGCCGAUGGAGGAAGAGGAGAUGGGGGUUGAGAGUGAGAAAGAGAGCUCCCCCCACCCCCAGCCCCGCCCCCAGGUGUCUGUGCCCCUCCUGUGCCUGCCCCCAGAGGCUGAGGGGGGAGACGGGGGAGAGAUGGGUGAGGACGGAGAGGCCCUCCUUAAGAAGCGAGCUCACAGCCUGAACCGCUACGCUGGGUCUGAAGGGGAGGGGGAGGAGAGGGGGGGUGGGGGUGCAGGGGCGGGGAGAGGAGUGGCCCCUCCAGGGAGGCUAGCAGGGGGCGGUGCAGGGGGAGGUAAAUACGCCACGGUGACUCACCGGGUCAGCCGCAGCCACUCCGUACGCAACCAAGACAAGAACGUCAACCGCAGCCAAUUACAGUCCAUCGCCCUGCGGCCCAAGAAGAAAGGCCCGCCACCUCCGCCUCCCAAACGCUCCAGCUCAGCUAUGUCCAACUCCAACCUCACCGACACGCGCACAGACACGCUGACACGCACACACACGGCGGGCGGGCUGCUGGGCGUGCCCCACAACCCCCAGCGGCGGGCCAGCGACCUGGGCGUAUCCGUGGAGACGGGCAGCGCGGGCAGUGUGAGGAGCAUAGCGGCCAUGCUGGAAAUGUCCUCCAUCGGGGGUGGGGCCAAGGGCAUGGCUGGACAGAGAAACUUCCUACAGGGCGACGGUGAUGGAGACGGUCUCCGUGUAGACAGUGUGUACUCCCUUCCCCAGGAUGAGCUGUCCCGGGUCGACGCCGCGGCAACCCUGAAGCGGCGUCCCCGCUGUAACAAGCCUCACCCCAACGGGUCCCGUUUCACCCUGACGGAGUCUUCCACCGUCAAGCGCCGUCCCAAGAGCAGAGAGAAGGAGCCGGAAGGUUUCUCAGAGAGCGGCAUCGCAGACAUCACCGGGAACUCCCACACCGGGGCCGUCAACACCGGGGCCGUCGACACCGGGGCCGUCAACACCGGGCGCCCGUCAACACCGGGGCCGUCAACACCGGGGCCGUCAACACCGGGGCCGUCAACACCGGGGCCGUCAACACCGGGGCCGUCAACACCGGGGCCGUCAACACCGGGGCCGUCAACACCGGGGCUGUUACCGGGCCGAGGCCAGGGCCGGCCGUACCGUAUGAAAACGGCACCGCCACCGUUAAACGCCGGCCUGUGUAUGAGAUGGGAGAGGCGGAGCCUGGUCGGAUCCAGGCCAGGGACAGCUCAGACCUGGGAGGACCAGGGGUGGUGGCAGAGGGAGAAUGGGGAGGAGCGGUGA